AGUUUCUACAUUCCACCCUUCUUUAGCCUACACUCUAUGAAUAUCAUCUUAUGUUUGACUAUUCCACAUAUUGACUUGUUAACUUUCCUUGGUCUUUCCUAUAAAAAUCAACUUGCAUUACUAAAAAUUCAAGUAGAAACAUGCUCAUUAUCUCAUACUUUUCCUAACCAAUCCCCUAAAUUUCUUGCAAAAGGUAGUGAGAGAUAAGAUAGAGAAACACUUAUAGGAGGAAAACAAAAAGUCUCUUCUUUCCACUUCCAAACAACAACCCCCAUUUCCAGAUUCACUCACAACUUUCUACUCAUCAUAAGCUCAUUAACAAUGGCCAUCAAAAAUCCCACUAUUCAACUUUGAAAUUUCCCCUGUUUUCCAACCCAUAAGCUCAAGAAUAAUGAUAAUCCAAAAACUCACAAUUUAACCUUUUUCCAUAUUCAAAUUUUUGUUAACUAAACCCUUGUUUUCCUCUGUUUUUUUCAAUACUACCCAUUUCUAGAUUUACUUUAACAAAUUUCAAUACUACCCAUUUUUCACUUCAGAUUUUAUCAAUUUUCAGUCUCAAAUACAAUUGCCCCCAAAAACAACACUUAUUUUUUCAAUUUACAGGCAAAAAUGGACCCACCAACAUCAACGACACCAAGAAGAGAGAGUCAGAUCCAAGGUCCAAGACCAAGCCCACUUCGAAUAAACAAAGAAUCUCACAAAAUUACAAAAAAACCCCCAAUUGCACCAAAAAACCCUAAUCAAUCUCAAUUACAGCACACCACAAAUCAACCCAUAAUAAUUUACUCAGUUUCCCCAAAACCCAUUUUCGUAGAAGCCUCAAAUUUCCGAUCAAUCGUUCAACAUCUCACCGGCAAAGAUUCAACAGCAUCAGAAUCAAGCUUUCCCGGGGAAGUUCCGGUUUCUCCUGCAGCAAGAUUUGCAUCAAUUGAAAGGACAAGUCCAGGAACUAGAGAUAGAAGAGAGAAUUUAUUAAUAGGUGAUGAUUUUCUCGAUAUGGUGAUGAUUGGAGAAGGAUCACAGAGAAAGAAUGAAGAAAUCGAUAAUUUUGUAGAUAUGAGUCAUAUACCUGGGAUUUUAUCGCCGGCGCCAGCAAAUUUACCGACGGUUUCAUCAACAAUGUUUUCUCCGGCGACGGAAAAUCAAUUCGGGUUUGGGUUAGGUGAAUUGAUGAUGAGUCCGUUUUAUUCAAGUUUUUUGCCAAGUCCAUCUGCUUUGUUUUCAUCAAAUCCAAUUGUUUCUCCCUCGCCUUCUUCAUUUGGUGAUCUAUUCAACAACUUUGACUCUCAAUUUUGAUUUAUUUUUUUUUUUUUUAUUUCUUGCUAGAUCUUGAAUUUUUUAUUUUUUGGUGGGAGGUUGAAAAAUCGAUUUGUAUAAUGUGUACUAGUAUUUGGUGGUGUAAAUUAGUCGUACAGGAGACAAAAAAAAUUUUAGAUGGGUUAAAUAAUGGGCCCACAAGUUUAUUAAAUUUUGUUUUACCUUUUGGGUUAGAUUAUUACUAGUAUUAGAUGGAUUUGUAUAUUGUAAUUUUCACUAUUGAUAAUUUGAUGGUUCAUGGUAGUAUAUACUCCCUAUAAUUUAGCACUAAUAUUUUAUUUACUUUUUGGACAUUAUUUAUCUCUUAUCCUUAAUUUGUAUUUUAUUAUUAAUAUAUAAGUUAAAACAUAGUCAUUUGGGAUA